AUGCCGCCCACCAUUGAACUUGUUGGCCGUGGGCCUAUUACACUUGAGGAGGCGCUCAUCGCUGAAAAGAACAUUGUCAAUUUAGCAUCCUACCGCUCCGCCCACGACUUGUUUGAUCAAGAGCUUUGGGGACAAAGAGACUCGAUCCAGACGCUUGUCAAACGUCACUUGGCCCUGGGUAGCCAAAGCAUGUGCAUAGUUCUUCCGCCGGAGCACUGGACCAGGGGAGGGUUCAAUGUUUGUGUACUCGUCGAGGUGCAAUGUGGCAAUGUGUCCAAAAAGGUCACCUUUCGUUGUCCCAUGCCUCACAAGGUUGCGGAAGCUAGGUACCCCGGAAGCGCACACGAGAAGUUGAGCACUGAAGUGGGAGCGUACAUAUGGGUGGAAGAGAACUGCCCCGAGAUCCGCUCACCUCAUCUGUUUGGAUUCGGCACAUCCGACGGCCGCCACUUCACCCAUACGGACCAUAUGUCAUUCUUCACUCGACUCGCCCGGCAAUUUUGGCGCCAUGUCUACAGAGUUCUCCAGCGCCCAUUGCUCUCCAAAUACAUACGGCACCGGCUCCCCUGUCAAAUGAGUUCAGCCUAUAUGAUUCUGGAGUGGCUAGGCCCAGAUACAGGCCAAAUGCUCUCGACUACAUUUCAUACGUACCGCGACAACAAGGACUACAGAGCCAGGCUUUUCAGGGGCAUGUCUAGAACAAUGUUGUCCCUCGCCCGCAUCCCUCAACAGCGGAUUGGAUCUUUCCAGUUCCAUGACGACGGCACAAUUACCCUCACUAAUCGACCUUUGUCAUGUUCGACAAUGAUUUUGGAGAACGACGGGGCCCCUAGGACGAUGCAGAGGGACGAAACGCUUUCUUGCACAGAUGCAUAUGCAUCGGACUUGCUGACCUUCCACGAUCGCCGCUUUCUCAGUCAGCCACACGCUGCUCACGACGAGAGCGAUUGCCGCGCGCAGAUGGCAGCCAAAGCACUCCUCCGGGUCGAAUCGCAUAACCAUAUCCGACGAGAACUCCGUGACGGCCCGUUCGUCCUACAGCUUACUGAUUUUCACGCGAGCAACAUUCUGGUCGAUGAACAAUGGAAUAUCACCGGCUUGAUCGACCUGGAGUGGAUAUGCGCCCUGCCUGCUGAAAUGCUCUCAGUGCCAUACUGGCUAACUGGCUGUUCGAUUGACGGGAUCGAGGACGAAAAGUAUGACCAGUACGAUGAGGUACGAAGAGAGUUCAUGGAGAUCUUCACAGAAGAAGAGGAGGCAGCGCAGGGCAGGACACAGCAUGGCAUUUCUCUCUCGAACAUAAUGCGGGACAUGUGGGAUUCAAAAGGAGUGUGGUUCUGGCAUUGUCUGUCUUCCAUCAAUGCCAUGUAUUUCCUGCCCGAAAGUCAUUUGUUACCGCCUGACUUUCUUACACUAGAAGCCGAGAGCAUUGUCUCGCGGCUUUGGUGCAGGGACUCGGAGGAUGUGGUACGGAGAAAGAUCGCAGACAAGCAAGCGUACGACGACGAGCUGCGAAAGUUGUUUGGUAGCUGA